AUGGUGGUGGAUGAAAUAUCUCAUGAUUUCAUGGGAAAAAAAAAUGUUACAGUAAGAGAGGACAAUGAUGGUGGACAAUGGGUGGGUAUCUGGCGUCUUGUUCUGCUGAAGCAUCAACCUUAUGAUGAACCCAGAAGGAAUGGGAGGGUUCCCAAUAUAUUAACCCAAAGACUAUUUCCUCAAGCACAGUACAGCAUAUGGAUUGAUGGUAAAAUGGAGCUAAUAGUUGAUCCAUUGCUUAUUCUUGAAAGGAAUUAUUGGUCUUGCGGAUACUUGUGGCUUGGGAAGCACACAUUUGCUAUUGCUCAGCACAAGCAUCAUCGCAGUAUAUAUGAAGAGGUAGAUGCAAAUAAACGAAGGAAGCGAUAUGCUCGAUCCCUUAUUGAUCUGCACAUGAAAAUAUACAGUCACGAGAUGGAGCCCUGGAGUCCUAAGAAAAACACAGAUAGUGGUAAGGGUGUGUUUAAAUUCUAUAUGUUCCCCAAUUUUGAGUACAACUCGCUCUUUGUUUUGCACCCACACACUCGUGAGCAUUCCUCCAAAGUAGAGUGGGUGAAAUCUUUGGAUGAGUUGAGGAACAAUAGUGUUUUGAAAGAGAGUAGGGGAGGAUUAGGCUUGUGGACACCUUAUCCUGGGAAUCUUAACCUGGUUGUACUACCACCUGUAGUGAGAACAUCAAAAGCAGGAUGA